AUGGCAUUGUACCCCACUGGAUUUAAGUCCAAGCCUUGUCUGGCCUCAAACAAUAAUGCCCAAGCCAGCUACGAUUUCAGCAGCAACGACCCCUAUCCAUACCCCCGCUAUACCGAUGAUUGGUUUAACAGCCAUGGAACCCGGUGUGCUGGAGAAGUCUCUGCUGCAGCAGACAAUAAUAUCUGUGGAGUCGGAGUGGCAUAUAAUUCAAAGGUAGCAGGUAUCCGAAUGCUGGAUCAGCCGUUUAUGACUGAUAUCAUCGAAGCUUCUUCAAUCAGUCACAUGCCCCAAGUAAUAGAUAUCUACAGUGCCAGCUGGGGCCCCACUGAUAAUGGUAAGACCGUGGAUGGACCAAGAGAACUAACCCUACAAGCCAUGGCAGAUGGGGUUAAUAAGGGCCGUGGUGGAAAGGGAAGCAUCUAUGUGUGGGCCUCUGGAGACGGCGGAAGUUACGACGACUGCAACUGUGAUGGAUACGCAUCGAGCAUGUGGACCAUUUCCAUCAACUCGGCGAUAAAUGAUGGCCGGACAGCUCUGUAUGAUGAAAGCUGCUCCUCUACUUUGGCCUCCACUUUUAGCAAUGGGAGGAAGAGAAAUCCUGAAGCCGGUGUGGCUGAUCACCGACAGACUUGCUGGCUUGCAGCUACAUACAUGGAGAAUUAUCACCAAAGUGCCAUCUGCAGCUGCGCUCAGGAGGAGCCAGCCUGCGCCCAGGGAGUGUUGCCUGCACUCCACCCUGUGGAGGCAAAUGUGGAUCUGACCUGGAGGGACAUGCAGCAUCUGACAGUCCUCACAUCCAAGAGGAACCAGCUCCAUGAUGAAGUUCACCAGUGGCGAAGAAACGGGGUUGGUCUGGAGUUCAACCACUUGUUUGGCUAUGGUGUCCUUGAUGCUGGGGCAAUGGUCAAAAUGGCCAAAGACUGGAAAACUGUUCCGGAGAGGUUUCACUGCAUUGGUGGCUCAAUACAAGAGCCUCGGAAAGUACCGUCCAGUGGCAAGUUGAUCCUGACACUUACAACUGAUGCUUGUGAAGGGAAGGAGAAUUUUGUCCGUUAUCUAGAACACGUUCAGGCGGUUAUCACUGUCAAUUCCACCAGGAGGGGAGAUCUGAACAUCAACAUGACAUCACCGAUGGGAACUAAAUCUAUUUUGCUGAGUCGACGUCCAAGGGAUGAUGACUCCAAAGUGGGCUUUGACAAAUGGCCUUUCAUGACAACACAUUCUUGGGGAGAAGACCCCAGAGGUACUUGGGUUCUAGAAGUUGGGUUUGUUGGGAUCAUGCCACAGAGAGGAGUCCUGAAAGAAUGGACAUUAAUGCUACACGGGACUCAAAGUGCACCUUAUAUAGACCAAAUAGUAAAAGAUUACCAGUCUAAAUUGGCUAUGUCCAAGAAGGAGGAGUUGGAAGAAGAAUUAGAUGAAGCCGUGGAGAGAAGUUUGAAAAGUAUAUUGAGCAAGAACUAGCAGUGGUUUGCAUGUCAUUCACCUUUUAUCUUUUUCCUUUCUUAAAUCUCUUUGUUGGGUCCAUGCCGGUAAUUGUCUCUCAUUCCUUCUCCCGAUUUUACAGUUGUCCACCUUGUCUUAUUUAAUUACAAUGGAAACUUUUGACUUCUGAGCCACAAAUAUAUUAUUCCCUACCAA